UUGAAAGGAAAGUAAAAGAAAAGACUCCAUUUCAAGGAUUUAAGCCUGUCACUGGAUAUUUGAGUGGCGGCAUUUUGUGUCACACUCUUUUUGAGACACAAGAUCAGGAGGGCAGUGCCUCAAAGAAGGAAGCAAGGCACCAUGUCUGAAAAAAGUUCUUCAUCUCCUGGAUCAGACUGUGAAUAUUCAAGUUAUAAAUCCAUAGACAAUAUUCCCAUUGGUAUGAAUGCAGUGACCUCUGACCCCAGUAUUAGCAAGAGGAAGAGACAGAGAUCAGAGUCUCCAGAACCCAGUGGUGUGUCUAUGAACAGUAACACAUCCAUGAUCCUUGAUACCCCUGCAUUCGGUGAUGCUAAGACCUCACAUUCUUUCAAGGGACAGAUACAUGAGAUUAUCACAUCUGCAUCCUCUACAUCAAACUAUCAGACUCACAUCAGCACUGAAGCAGUCCUGCAGACACACACACUGGAGACUGGAGACCUGCAGAAAGUCAAAGACCAACACAAAACCAGCAUGAAGAACAAGUAUGAGAGAUUAUUUGAAGGAAACAAACUUCAAGAGAAUGAAACCCUCCUGAACAGGAUCUACACACAGCUCUACAUCAUAGAGGGAGAGAGAGAAGGAGUGAAUGAAGAACAUGAGGUUUUACAGAUGGAGAAAACAGCCAGAACACAACACUCACAAGACACUCCAAUCUACUGCAAUGACAUCUUUAAAGCCUCACCUGAACCAGGAUGUGAGGAGAAAGACCAAAUCAAGACUGUUCUUACUAAAGGCAUUGCUGGAAUUGGAAAAACCGUCUCUGUGCAGAAGUUCAUUCUGGACUGGGCAGAGGGAAAAGCCAAUCAGGAUAUAGAUUUCAUGUUUGUGCUUCCAUUUCGAGAGCUGAACCUGAUCCGAGAUCAGCAGUACAGUCUUCACAGACUUCUGCUGGACUUUCAUCCUGAACUUCAAGAUCUGGACUCAAAGAUUUAUGAGGAGUGUAAAGUUGUGUUCAUCUUUGAUGGUCUGGAUGAAAGCAGAAUCAGACUGUUUUCAGAUGCUCAGAAAGUUUCUGAUGUGACUGAGACUUCAUCAGUGGGUGUGUUGAUGUCAAACCUCAUGACAGGAGAGCUGCUUCCCUCUGCUCUCAUCUGGAUCACCUCCAGACCAGCAGCAGCCAAUCAGAUCCCCUCUGAAUACAUCAACCGUCUGACAGAAAUUCAGGGAUUCAGUGAGCCUCAGAAGGAGGAAUAUUUCAGGAAGAGAAUCAGUGACGAGCAUCAAGCCAGCAGAAUCAUCUCACACAUAAGAAGAGCAAAAAGCCUCCACAUCAUGUGCCACAUACCCGUCUUCUGCUGGAUCUCAUCCACUGUGCUUCAGAAGCUCCUGAAAGAAGAUCUGAAUGCAGAAAUCCCUCAAACUCUGACUGAAAUGUACAUCCACUUCCUGCUGAUACAGAUAAACAUGAGGAAUCAGAAGUAUGAAGAGAGAGAUCCAGAGAAACUCCUGCAGUCCAACAGAGAAGUGAUUGUGAAACUUGCUGAAGUGGCUUUCAAACAGCUGAUGAAGGGCAAUGUGAUGUUCUAUGAGGAGGACCUGAGAGAGAGCGGCAUAGACGUCACUGGCGCCUCAGUGUAUUCUGGGAUUUGCACUGAGAUCUUUAAGGAGGAAUCUGUGAUUCAUCAGAAGAAAGUCUACAGCUUCAUUCAUCUGAGCGUUCAGGAGUUUCUUGCUGCUCUCUAUGUGUUUUACUUUCAUGUAAGUACAACUAUGGAGGGACUGAAGAAUUUUGCUUCAAUACAACAUAUGCUUAAAAAUGUAGUAGACGAAGCCCUUGAGAGUGAGAAUGGACAACUGGAUCUGUUCCUGCGGUUCCUGAUGGGCAUCUCACUGGAGUCCAAUCAGAGACUCUUACAGGAUCUACUGACACACACAGAGAACAGCUCAGAGAGCAUCAGGAGAACCACACAGUACAUUAAAGAGAAGAUCAAAGAUGGACAUGGACUCUCCACUGAAAGAUCCAUCAAUCUGUUCCUCUGUCUGCUGGAAGUGAAAGAUCAGACUCUGUCCAGAGAGAUUCAGGGGUUUGUGAAAUCAGACAAACACUCAGAGAAGAAACUCUCUCCUGCUCACUGCUCAGCAAUCGCCUACAUCCUUCAGAUGUUAGAGAAGGUGGAUGAGCUGGACCUCAAGAAAUACAACACAUCAGAUGAGGGGAGAAGAAGACUAAUACCAGCUGUGAGCAACUGCAGAAAAGCCCUUUUUGCUGGCUGUAAACUCACUGCUCAGGAUUGUGAAAUUGUGUCAUCAGCUCUACAAUCCUCAGACUGUGUCCUGAGAGAGCUGGAUCUGAGUAACAAUGACCUGCAGGAUUCAGGAGUGAAGAUUAUUUCUGAUGGACUGAAGAGUCCAAACUGUCAGCUGGAAAUACUGAGGUUGUCAGGCUGUAUGGUGACAGAGAAAGGCUGUGGUUAUGUGUCUUCAGCUCUGAGUUCAAACCCCUCACACCUGAGAGAGCUGGAUCUGAGCUACAAUCACCCAGGACAAUCAGGAGUCCAGCUGCUCAACGACAAACUGAAGGAUCCAAAUUGCUCACUACAGAUACUCAAGUAUGUAAGUUUGGAUCAUGGAGGGCCCUUCUGGAUCAAACCAGGGCUUCAAAAAUAUGCCUGUGAUCUCACACUGGAUCCAAACACAGCACACACUCAACUCAUUCUGUCUGAGGAGAACAGGAAGAUCACAUAUGUGAAAGAGCAUCAGCCGUAUCCUGAUCAUCCAGAGAGAUUUGCUGAUGUUCCUCAAGUUCUGAGUCGAGAGAGUCUGACUGGACGCUGUUACUGGGAGGUUGAACGGACUGGUUGGGCUCGUGUAGCAGUGGCCUAUAAAGGAAUCGGCAGGAAAGAGACUGUCUCUAAGUUUGGAUACAAUGACAAAUCCUGGUGUCUUUUCUGCACUGGUAAUGGAUUCACUGUCUGGCACAAUAAUGUCAGCAAUAACAUAACCCAUGUACCACAAUCUAACAGAGUAGGAGUGUAUGUGGACGUGUCGGCCGGCACUCUGUCCUUCUAUAGCGUCUCUGACACACACACACUCACACACUUACACACAAUCAAAACCACAUUCACUGAACCCCUCUAUGCUGGAUUUAAGGUUUUUGAGUCUGAACUGACUCUGUGUCAGAUUUAACAAUAAACAGGCUUAAAUGCCAAGGUAGUGUGAGUACAGAUGUUGUAACACUAAAUAUUUCCCCUCUAAUGGAAGUUGCACACAAAUGAUGACAGUAUGCACAUUCAGACUGUAAUGGGGGGGAGUUCUUAGAAAGUAGUUUUGCUAUGACAAAAACAUCUAAUUUAAAACGUGUGCAGAACAGCAAAAAUCCACAACUGUACUCAGUCUACACUCUUUAAUUCUCUGUCUGUUCAUGAGGCGCUGAAAUUUAAUUGUACUUUAUUCAUGACUAAUAACUUUUGGUUGUAAAAUGGCCUGGGAGGAUAUUGUGAAAAACCACGAAUUUCCACUCUCUCCAUCUUGAAUUUAAUUUAUUAAUUGUCUGCAAGAAUUAUGCACCACUGUGGCAAAUCAUCAUGAAAUUAUAUGUAUUUACAUCCAUAUUCAUUAAU